UCAGGCAAUCGAGAUAGAGAUACCAUGAAUAUGUGUUCAGGCAGUGUACAGUGUUUUGGCAAUUAAAAUUAUAUACUGUGAAUUUCACGGCAAAUUUCAAUAAAAGUUAUCAAGCACUUUUUCAGAAGUUCAGUGUGUAUCAAGCAGUUGGACAAGUAAGACGAUUUUCAGUGGUUUUCCGCCAAUAAGUCUAUCACCUCAAUUCAACAGAAUGGCUCAACUUCUGAGGCAGAUUGUUCGCUCAACUAUCCUUCCCAGUCAAAGACUACUAAGUACCCAGGCUUCGGAAGCAGUAGGAGCUGGUGGUCCUAGUUUUCAGCUCAGUGACAUUCAAUACGAAUUUCAACAGACAGCUCGGAAGUUUGCACGAGAUGAAAUAAUUCCCAUCGCCGCUAAGCAUGACCAAAACGGAGAAUAUCCCUGGGAGAUUAUCAAAAAAGCCCAUGGACUUGGCCUAAUCAACCUGUCUAUUCCCCAGGAAUUUGGGGGCCUAGGACUCAAUUGCCUUACCAAUUGCCUUGUUAAUGAGGAACUAGCUUACGGUUGCACUGGCAUCUUCACAGCUAUGGAAGCCAGUACUCUGGCCCAGACGCCGGUAGUGUUGUCCGGGAAUACAGAGCAAAAGAAGAAGUAUCUAGGACGGCUUUUGGAAGAACCAUUGGUAGCUGCUUAUGCUGUUACUGAACCAGGAGCAGGUAGCGAUGUGAAUGGGGUUAAAACAAGAGCCGAACGUAAAGGAGAUGAAUACAUCCUAAAUGGCCAAAAGAUGUGGAUUACAAAUGGCGGAGUGGCUAAUUGGUAUUUUGUGCUGGCACGGACAAAUCCCGAUCCAAAAGCACCAGCCAGCAAAGCCUUUACUGGAUUCAUCGUUGAGAGAGAUUUCCCUGGAGUCACGCCAGGACGAAAGGAGAUCAACAUGGGACAGAGGGCAUCAGAUACCAGAGGAAUCACAUUUGAAGAUGUAAGAGUGCCUAAGGAAAAUGUUUUGAUUGGCGAAGGUGCAGGAUUCAAAGUGGCAAUGGGAACAUUCGAUAAGACUCGUCCUCCAGUAGCCUCCGGGGCAGUUGGUUUGGCCCAGAGAUGCUUGGAUGAGGCCACAAAGUAUGCCCUUGAGAGGAAAACUUUUGGUGUUCCCAUUGCUCAUCAUCAAGCUGUGUCCUUUAUGCUUGCCGAUAUGGCCAUUGGGGUGGAAACUGGACGUUUGGCUUACUGGAGAGCAGCCUGGGAAAUUGAUCAAGGACGUCGCAAUACCUACUAUGCCUCAAUUGCCAAAUGCCAUGCUGCAGACUUUGCGAAUAAGAUUGCAACAGAUGCAGUUCAGAUUUUCGGUGGCAAUGGAUUCAACUCUGAGUAUCCCGUGGAGAAACUUAUGCGAGAUGCAAAGAUCUAUCAAAUCUACGAAGGAACAUCUCAGGUGCAAAGACUAAUUAUUUCUCGUGAGAUUCUAUCAAAUCCAAAAGCAUAAAAUUUGCACGGAAUGUAUUUUGUAACUUGUUAAUAUAUUUUUUAUAAAAGAAA